CUUAAUAAUGGAUUUGGUUGCUAUGAUGUCAACACAGCGUCUGACCACUAGAGCGUCUGAUAACCAGUAGCACUGUUUUGCGUGGCAGCUUUCGGUUUUCAGAAAUAUGAUGGAGCUUUCUUAUCAAUCCAUGAAAAUUGCCCACGAAGCUCGGGAAGCUGAUAAGCUGAGGACCGAGAUGAGGAAGAAGAGCAUUCUUGUUCUCAUUUAUCAACAUUUACUUGGGCAAGGUUAUGCAUCGGCAGCCGUAGCUUUGGAUCAGGAGACAAAUGGAGGUGUGAAAAAAUUUGAGGUUUGUGACAACGUCGAUCUGGAGAUAGUGCUCAUGGAGUACGAGAAUUAUCACUAUGUCAAAUUCCAGAAGUACCCCAAACUCAUCAGGAAAAUAGAGCCAGGUGAAAACAGCCAGACAAAAGGUGCUGUUGUUAAGAAGAGACAGAAACCUCUUCCCAAAAUCAGCUCAUCCUCGUCCCCCCGAACUGGGAUUUCAGUCAAGAAAACAGCUGCUAAUGAAAAUGGCACCCCUGUAACACCAGAGUCACUGGAUUUAGGGUUCAACACAUUCUCCAUCAAAAAUGGGGCUGCUGGCGAAGCUGCUUCAACCAAAAAGAUGGGUGAUGGGAAAACAACAAUCCACGAUGUCUUCAACGGAUCAGUUAUCCACUCAGACCACAUGGAGCGGUUGCUGAAGCCCCUCAGUGGCUUUUCUGGGAUUAGUGGUGAGAUGAGGGAACUUGCUGCAAUCAUAAGUGAGGACAUCUAUUUGCACAGCCCAAAUGUGAGGUGGGAGGACAUCAUUGGUCUGGAGGAUGCCAAGCGAUUAGUCAAAGAGGCCGUCGUUUAUCCCAUUAAGUACCCUCAGCUGUUUACUGGCAUCUUAUCUCCAUGGAAGGGCUUGCUGCUUUAUGGUCCCCCAGGCACAGGUAAAACUAUGCUGGCCAAGGCUGUGGCGACAGAGUGUAAGACAACCUUCUUCAACAUCUCAGCCUCUAGCAUCGUCAGCAAAUGGAGAGGUGACUCUGAGAAACUCGUCCGGGUUCUUUUUGAGCUGGCGAGGUACCAUGCCCCAUCCACCAUCUUCCUGGAUGAGCUGGAGUCAGUGAUGGGCCAAAGAGGAACCACUUCAACGAACGAGCAUGAGGGGAGUCGGCGGAUGAAGACGGAGCUGUUGAUUCAGAUGGACGGGCUUGCAACAUCAGAUGACCUUGUGUUUGUUCUCGCUGCUUCCAACCUGCCUUGGGAGCUGGACCACGGGAUGCUAAGGAGGUUAGAGAAGAGGAUUCUAGUAGGCCUUCCCUCGUCACCUGCUCGCCAAGCCAUGAUUUCUCAUUGGCUGCCUCCUCUCAGCUUCCUUGGUGGGGUGAAGCUACAGACUAGCUUAGACUAUAAAAUGCUGGCAGAGCAGAUGGAAGGAUACUCUGGCUGUGACAUCAGAUUAACAUGCAAGGAAGCAGCCAUGAGACCAGUUCGCAAGAUCUUUGAUGCUCUGGAGUCGCAUCAUUGUGGAGACAUGGACAUGCCCGUCAUUGAGCUGGGAACUGUAACAACAGAGGAUUUCAUGGAGGUUCUAGUGCACACUAAACCAUCGACCCAAAACCUGAUGGACAGAUACACAUUCUGGGAGAAAAAGCACAAGUCAGUUUGAUAUCCAGGCUGAAAAUAUUAAUCCAAAUAGUUUUUUUUUUUGUUUUUUUUACAUCAGUUGGAUACUUUUUCAGUACCACUCUGUAAUUACUUUUGCGCAGCUACUGAGGGUCACAGACGCAUUUUGCAAUAAUCAAAUAAAUUUGAACCUUCAUAACAAACAUCUGAA